GAAGUGAGCGGAACAGGGUCCGAAGCGGCGGAAGGAGGAGGCCUCGUGGAGGAGGCAGCAUGGGGCAGUCUGGGCGGUCCCGGCACCAAAAACGAGCGCGCGCCCAGGCGCAGGUCCGCAACCUCGAGGCCUAUGCUGCACAGCCUCACUCGUUCGUGUUCACUCGGGGCUGCACCGGUCACAGCGUCCGGCAGCUUAGUCAGGACUUGCGGCGGGUCAUGGAGCCACUCACCGCCUCCCGCCUGCAGGUUCGUAAGAAGAACUCCAUAAAGGAUUGUUUGGCAGUGGCUGGACCCCUCGGGGUCACACACUUUUUGAUCUUGAGCAAAACAAAGACCAACGUCUACUUUAAGCUGAUGCGCCUCCCAGGAGGUCCCACUUUGACCUUUCAGGUUAACAAGUACACAUUGGUGCGUGAUGUGGUUUCCUCACUGCGCCGGCACCGCAUGCACGAACAGCAGUUUGUCCACCCACCCCUCCUGGUACUCAACAGCUUCGGCCCUCACGGCAUGCAUGUGAAACUUAUGGCCACCAUGUUCCAGAACCUAUUCCCCUCCAUCAAUGUGCACAAGGUGAAUCUGAACACUGUCAAGCGCUGCCUUCUUCUCAGCUACAGCCCGGAAUCACAGGAGCUGGACUUCCGGCAUUAUAGUAUCAAAGUUGUUCCUGUGGGUGCAAGUCGUGGGAUGAAGAAACUUCUCCAGGAGAAGUUCCCCAACAUGAGCCGUCUACAGGACAUUAGUGAGCUGCUGGCCACGGGUGCGGGUCUAUCAGACAGUGAGGCAGAGCCUGAUGGCGAGCACAACAUCACUGAGCUGCCUCAAGCGGUCUCAGGGCGUGGCAAUAUGCAGGCCCAGCAGAGUGCUGUGCGACUCACUGAGAUUGGUCCUCGAAUGACCCUGCAGCUCAUCAAGAUCCAGGAUGGUGUCGGGGAGGGCAAAGUGAUGUUCCACCACUUUGUGCACAAGACGGAGGAGGAGCUGCAGGCCAUCUUGGCUGCCAAGGAGAAGAAACUGCAGCUCAAGGCCCAGCGGCAGGCCCUGCAGGCCCAAAACGUCCAGCGCAAGAGGGAACAGCGUGAGGCCCACAGGAAGAAGAGUCUGGAGGGCAUGAAGAAGGCCCAGACAAAGGCCAGCAAAGACAGUGAUGCUGAGGACCCUGGGCCAACUCUCAAGGCAGAGGGGGACUGCCAGAGGGAGGAAGAAGAAGAGGAUGAGGCUGAGUAUUUUCGCCAGGCUGUGGGCGAGGAACCCGAUGAGGACAUGUUCCCCACAGCCACCAAGCAGAGACAGCCUUACAGGCCUUCAGGCAGGCAGCAUCAGGGUAAGGACCAAAGCAGAGGUUGCCACACCACGCCCUGUGCCCAGCCCUGCCCAGCUAACUUCUCAAUGGCUGCUGACCAUGUCCUCAGUAGGUUCCAGGGAGACUUCCUGUGGCCCAUGCUGGUGGUCAAGGUUGUGGUAGCUGUAGUUGCCAAUGGUCUGGUCCUGUACUGCUUCAGCACACAGCAGCAGCACCUGUGGCACCCAGCUAUGGUCUUAGCUCAGCUGGCAGCCAGUGAUAUGCUGUGCACCCUAACGCUGCCCCCACUGGCUGCCUACCUGCACCCACCCAAUCACUGGCGCUAUAGGGAGGCUGCAUCCCUGGAGCACUUCCUUUUCAUCUGCAACCUGCUGGGCAGUGUCAUCUUCAUCACCUACAUCACCCUCAACCACUACCUGGGCAUUGUGUACCCUUUCUUCAUCCACAGCCACCUGUGGCCCAAACAUGCCUGGGCCCUCAGCACUGUUGGCUGGGCCCUGGCAGUCCUGCACAUGCCCACACUUAGCUUCUCCCAUCUGAAGGGCCUAGCAGGAGGUGGCCAAGUUGAGGCCUGUAUCAGGUGUCUGGGGACAGCAGACAACUCCAACUUGAGGCUUACAAGCCUGGCACGGGCAGGCCUGGGCUGUGGCCUGCCCCUGCUGCUCAGCCUGGUAGCCUAUAGUGCCCUUGGGUGGGCUGUGUUGCACAGCCCUGGUAUGACCGUGGCAGAGAAGCUAUUGGUGGGGAGGGGCAUUGCCCUAUACACCAGUUCCUACAUGCCCUACCAUGUCACACGACUGCUCAAUGUGGAUGCCUGGCAGCACUGGAAUGCCCACUGUCCAGGCUUUGCAGACAAGGCCCAAGCUGAGGCAGCCCUGGAGCUGGGGCCCUACCUGGGCUACCAAGUGAUGCGGGGCCUCAUGCCCUUGGCCUUCUGUAUCCACCCACUCCUAUAUGUGGCAGUGGUGCCCCCCGGGCUGCUACCACUGCCACCACCACCCUGCAGUGGGGGCCAGAACCAAGAGAACACCCAGAGUGUUGGGUAAGCCCUGUUCCUUGAUGUCACAGCCACCCCAAGACCUUAA